UCUUUACUUUGGUUGUGUAUAUAUAACUACUUUAGGGCUCUUCCCUGAUGUGCAAGCCCACCAUCUCUUCACACAUAUGAUGGAGGAAUCAAUGCAUUCUUCUUUGAACAGGUCUCUCUGCUCCAAGGAAGGACCACCUUCUUCUGAGGAAAGUGGUUGGACCAUGUAUUUUGAGGACUUCCUAGCAUCAGAGAAGAGGGAAGAAGAUGGUUGCUCUUUUAGCAUUGAGGGAGGAUCUUCUAUCAUCUCUGAUGCCGCUUCAUGUGUUGCAUGGAAGCCUUUGGCCGGAACCAAGGUCACAAAGAGCUGCAAGAAGCUCAGCUUUAAGAAGAGGAAGGCGGGUGGGACCUUGGAUGAGGAUCCUUUGGAAGAUACUGCUAGCUCUCCUGUUAAUAGUCCCAAGGUUAGUGAUUGGAAUCACUCAGAUGUGCAACCAAGGGAAAAAGCUGAUGAUAAUAAAGGGAUUCCUCAGGAAGAAGCAGUUGGUUGUGGGAAUGGCUUAGAGCCGAAAAGUAAUAUUGUAAAUGAUUUGGGUUUUGUUGAGGGGACCAAUGAAUGUACAGAACUGAAGAAAAGAGGGCUUGGCCUCGUUCCUUUGUCCAUGUUAGUAAACUAUCUUGCAUAAAUCUUCCAAUCAAAUAUAUCUUUCUUUUAAAAAAAAAGGGAAAUUCCAAUCAAA